CCCCCCCCCCCACACACACACACACACGCACACACACUCCCCUCCACCCCUCUUUUGAAUCAAAAACGCGUGGAAGUUGCUUCGUGGGCGGACACGAGGGAAGACGGAAUGAAGCGUGCAAAGUGGCUGAGGGGCUGAGCGCAUAAACACACGCACACACUGGCUGCGCUCCACUAAGGUUUGGAAGAAGAGCCGCCAUGGCCAAGUGGCUCAAAGACUACCUGAGUUUCGGCAGCAGGAAAGUGCCCCCGCAGCCUCCCACGCCGGACUACACCGAGAGCGAGAUCCUAAAAGCCUAUCGCCUCCAAAGGGACUUGGACUUUGAAGAUCCGUACGAGGACUCUGAAAACCGACACAGGGCCGAAUCUUCGGAGCCUGCCACACCCGUGUACGGCUCGCCCAUGAAGUCCUCGAGCAUGGACGUGAAAUCUCCCAAACACAGACUCAUCAAGGUGGAUUCCCAGGACCUGGGGCGUACCAAGAUCUUGCUCAGUGCCAUCUCUUUAGAUGACCAGCAAGAACCUGCUGUGCCGUCUGCUCCUCUGGCAGGGGACACUGAUUAUUCAGACCCGUUUGACGUUCGCUUGGACCAUCGACCAGAACCAGAUGCAAGACCGGUUCCCUCUGAGAACAAUGGCUACAUGGAACCUUAUGAGGCCCAGCGAGUCAUAACAGAGCUACAGCGUGGCCCGGCAGGAGGACUGGCACGGGGUGGGUUGCAGCUGUAUGACACCCCUUAUGAAGACGGGCGAGGCCAACGUCCAGGCUUCAUGUUUGGAGAAGCACAGGAAGAGGGCAAGGAGGGCAGCAGGCUGCCGCAAGACGACGAGAGACCGGCGGACGAGUAUGACCAACCCUGGGAAUGGAAGAAAGAUCACAUCUCCAAAGCUUUUGCAGUGCAGUUCGACGGGCCAGAAUGGGAUCGCUCGUCGUCGCCUACCGAGCGCUUGCGUCCUCCGGGGCCCUGGUCCAGCCCGCUGGUGGGCGCGGGGGUGAAGUUUCGAAUGCCCCAGGAGGGCCUCACCAUGGUGGGAGAGAGGGUGGACCCCACACAGCCUCUGGAGAAACAAGUGUGGUAUCACGGUUCACUGUCUCGGUCUGAAGCGGAGUCGCUGCUCACGUUGAGUAAAGAGUGUAGCUUCCUGGUGAGGAACAGUCAGACCAACCGAUGUGACUAUUCGCUGUCUCUACGGAGCUGCCAGGGUUUCAUGCACAUCAAGUUCACGCAGUGCAAAGACUGCAAGUACGUGCUGGGACACAACAGCCCGCCGUUCGACUCCAUCCCCGAGCUGGUGAACUUCUACACCACGCACAAGCUCCCCAUCCGUGGCGCCGAGCACCUGUCUCUGCUCUUCCCCGUACUGGUGCAGACGCUUUGACUUUUCAAAGUUUUUGUUGAGAAACUUCAAACUCAUUCGUCCGGGUUAUUUUUGGACUGGACCUUUCACUGCUGUUCUACUGGUGCCAAGCGUCGCUAAAAUCCAAGGAGAUUGAUUCACAGAGAAGGCAGUACAUGAGCUCCUUUUUCUCUCUCUCUCUCUCUCUCUUUCUCUCUCUCUCUAGCUGUCAUAUCUGUGCUUGAACCAAGGUUGACGGACAUCUGAAAUUCUGAUUUACUUUUAUAUAUUUUACUUUUUUUUUUGGCCUCACAGCUGAGGAAGUCAGUUGCACCUUGGGGAGAAGUCAGGAUAUGCCUAGGUUCUGUUUGCAGAGGCCUCGCCGAAGAUUGAGAUUCAAUUACUGCUGUUUUCCCCCCACCCCAAAAAGAAAAACACCUCAUUAACACUGGUUAAAUAUUCCUCUUGUCAGAUUUUUCACAUUUAUACUAGGAUCAA